CGCUCCAGUCUGGGCUUCGUCGGCAUCACGAGACCGCCAGUCACGAACUUUUGCAGGAUUAGGCCUCGCUCCGCCUCGGCGCUCUCCUUGCAGCCAAUGUGAGUGCGGCAGGGGUUGAACCUGGCAAGCCGGAGAGAUUUAUAGCAAAGCCCCGGUGCCUGGGCCAGCUAGAGGGACCCUUGUGGGAAGUUUCAACAUGAAGCUGAAUCUGUGCCUAUUGGCCUUAAGUUGGAGUGCAUGCUUUGCAGCUCCAGGCCUAGAUCCUGCAUUGGAUGAUCACUGGCAAAUGUGGAAGACAUGGCAUAGUAAAAAAUACCAUGAGAAGGAGGAAGGAUGGAGGAGACUGGUUUGGGAGAAGAACCUAAAAAUGAUUGAAUUGCACAACCUUGACCACAGCAUGGGAAAACACAGUUACAGACUGGGAAUGAAUCACUUUGGAGACAUGACUAAUGAAGAGUUCAGGGAGGUGAUGAAUGGAUUCAAAUACAACAAAUCAAAAAGAAAGUAUACAGGAUCAGAGUUUCUUGAACCAAACUUUUUUGAGGCACCAAGAUCUGUUGACUGGAGAGAGAAGGGAUAUGUAACUCCGGUGAAGGAUCAGGGAGAAUGUGGCUCUUGCUGGGCUUUCAGCACAACCGGAGCCCUUGAAGGACAGCACUUCCGCAAAACUGGCAAGCUGGUUUCUCUGAGUGAGCAAAACCUUGUUGACUGCUCUCGGCCUGAAGGAAAUGAGGGGUGUAAUGGAGGCCUCAUGGAUCAUGCUUUCCAAUACGUAAAAGACAAUGGAGGGAUUGACUCAGAGGAAUCCUACCCAUACAUUGCAAAGGAUGAUGAAGAUUGCCUGUAUAAGGCUGAAUACAAUGCUGCUAAUGACACUGGCUUUGUUGACAUCCCAGAAGGGCGUGAAAGGGCCCUCAUGAAGGCUGUGGCUGCUAUGGGUCCAGUUUCUGUGGCUAUUGACGCUGGUCACUCUUCUUUCCAGUUCUAUGAAUCAGGUAUUUAUUAUGAACCACAAUGCAGUAGUGAAGACCUGGAUCAUGGUGUUCUUGUAGUUGGAUAUGGCUUUCAGGGUGCAGAUGAAAAUGGAAAGAAGUACUGGAUUGUUAAAAACAGCUGGAGUGAAAAGUGGGGUGACAAAGGCUAUAUCUACAUGGCUAAAGACAGAAAAAACCACUGUGGGAUAGCCACCGCAGCUAGCUAUCCUUUAGUAUAAUUAUGCAGAAGAGCCGCUGGAACACCCCUUGGUCUACUCUUAUGAGACACUGGAACAAUCUUUCUAUCUUGCUGGGUUUGGACCAGACUUGUUCCAGUACCAGGAUGAUUUUCAACUGACUUAAACACAUGUUGGAAAUACAUGUGGCUGUAUCUGUUUCUUCCAAGAUACGACUUUUUUUUUUUACCUUGAACUCUGAAGUUUACUUGAUGGCAAUGUACUUGUGUUUUAACUUAAUGUAAGUAUUAUGUAUACUAGCUUGUAGCCUAGCUGAAAGAUAUUCUUUUUUAUUGUUUUUAAAUGGCAAAGUUGCACAUGAAGGGGUUGUUUUUCAGAAAUAAACACUUGACAUUUCAA